UGCUGUCGAGGGUAUGGAGCUAAAGGGCCCGCUCCGGGAGCCCUGCGUCCUGACUCUAGCCCAGAGGAACGGACAAUAUGAGUUAAUAAUCCAGUUGUAUGAGAAGGAACAGCAUGUUCAAGACAUCAUUCCUAUAAAUAGACAUUUCAGAUGUGUUCAAGAAGCAGAAGAAACUCUUCUGAUUGACAUAGCUUCAAACAGUGGCUGCAAAAUUCGGGUUCAGGGGGACUGGACCAGAGAGCGCCGCUUUGAAAUCCCUGAUGAGGAACACUGUUUGAAGUUCUUGUCAGAGGUCCUUGCUGCUCAGGAAGCUCAGUCACAGCUUCUUGUUCCGGACCAAAAGGACUCGUCCAGCUGGUACCAGAAAUUAGACACUAAAGACAAACCUUCCGUUUUUUCAGGGCUUCUUGGAUUUGAGGAUAAUUUUUCAACUAUGAGCUUGGACAAGAAAACAAAUUCACAAAAUCAGCCUAUGGGGAUUCAUCGGGAGCCCCCACCCCCACCCCCAGCAAUGAAUAGAAUGCUUCCACGUGACAAAGAAGCUUCUAGCAAGGAACAACCCAAAGUGACCAACACUAUGCGGAAGCUCUUCGUACCAAAUACUCAGUCUGGGCAGCGAGAGGGUCUCAUCAAACAUAUCCUGGCAAAGCGAGAGAAAGAAUAUGUCAACAUUCAGACUUUCAAAUUCUUUAUUGGGACAUGGAAUGUGAAUGGCCAGUCUCCGGACAGUGGAUUAGAACCUUGGCUGAACUGUGAUCCAAACCCUCCUGAUAUCUACUGCAUUGGAUUCCAAGAGCUGGACUUGAGCACAGAAGCCUUUUUCUACUUUGAAUCUGUGAAGGAACAAGAGUGGUCCCUGGCUGUAGAGAGGGGUUUGCAUUCCAAAGCCAAGUAUAAGAAAGUUCAGCUAGUCCGCCUUGUUGGGAUGAUGCUCCUUAUAUUUGCCAGAAGGGAUCAGUAUCAAUAUAUCCGUGAUAUUGCCACAGAAACAGUUGGAACUGGAAUCAUGGGGAAAAUGGGAAACAAAGGUGGGGUAGCUGUGAGAUUUGUGUUUCACAACACUACCUUUUGCAUUGUCAAUUCCCACCUGGCUGCCCACGUGGAGGAAUUUGAGAGAAGGAAUCAAGAUUAUAAAGACAUCUGUGCAAGAAUGAGUUUCAUGGUCCCAAACCAGACCCUCCCACAACUGAACAUCAUGAAGCAUGAUGUUGUCAUUUGGCUGGGAGAUUUGAACUAUAGACUUUGCAUGCCUGAUGCCAACGAAGUGAAAAGUCUUAUCAGUAGGAAUGACCUUCAGAGACUCUUGAAAUUUGACCAGCUAAAUAUUCAGCGCACACAGAAAAAAGCUUUUGUCGACUUCAACGAAGGGGAAAUCAAGUUUAUCCCCACUUAUAAGUAUGACUCUAAAACAGACCGAUGGGAUUCCAGUGGGAAAUGUCGGGUUCCAGCCUGGUGUGACCGAAUUCUUUGGAGAGGAACAAAUGUUAAUCAGCUUCACUACCGGAGUCACAUGGAACUGAAAACCAGCGACCACAAGCCUGUUAGCGCUCUCUUCCACAUUGGGGUGAAGGUUGUGGAUGAACGGAGGUAUCGGAAAGUUUUUGAAGAUAUUGUACGCAUCAUGGACAGAAUGGAAAAUGACUUCCUUCCUUCCUUAGAACUCAGCAGGAGGGAGUUUGUGUUUGAGAAUGUGAAGUUUCGGCAACUACAGAAGGAGAAGUUCCAGAUCAGCAACAACGGACAGGUUCCCUGCCAUUUUUCUUUCAUCCCUAAACUUAAUGACACCCAGUACUGCAAGCCAUGGCUUCGGGCUGAACCUUUUGAGGGCUACUUGGAGCCAAAUGAGACAGUGGACAUUUCUCUUGAUGUAUAUGUCAGCAAAGAUUCUGUGACCAUCCUGAACUCAGGGGAAGAUAAGAUUGAAGACAUUCUCGUCCUUCACCUGGAUCGAGGCAAAGAUUACUUCUUGACCAUCAGUGGGAAUUACCUCCCAAGUUGUUUUGGUACAUCCUUAGAGGCUCUGUGCCGAAUGAAAAGACCAAUCCGAGAAGUUCCUGUUACCAAACUCAUAGACUUGGAAGAAGACAGCUUCCUAGAAAAGGAGAAAUCCGUUCUGCAGAUGGUUCCUUUAGAUGAAGGUACCAGCGAGAGACCUCUUCAGGUUCCCAAGGAGAUCUGGCUUCUAGUAGAUCACUUAUUCAAAUACGCCUGUCACCAGGAGGAUCUGUUCCAAACCCCUGGGAUGCAGGAAGAGUUACAGCAGAUCAUCGAUUGCCUGGAUACCAGUAUCCCUGAGACUAUCCCUGGCAGUAAUCACUCCGUGGCUGAAGCCCUGCUCAUCUUCCUGGAAGCCCUGCCAGAGCCAGUCAUCUGCUACGAGCUAUACCAGCGAUGCCUUGACUCUGCUCAUGAUCCCCGGAUCUGUCGACAGGUGAUCUCCCAGCUUCCAAGAUGCCAUAGAAAUGUUUUCCGUUACUUGAUGGCAUUCCUUCGAGAACUCCUAAAAUUCUCCGAAUACAACAAUGUCAGUGCCAACAUGAUUGCUACUCUCUUCACUAGUCUUCUCCUAAGGCCUCCACCCAACCUUAUGACAAGACAGACUCCGAGUGACCGCCAGCGUGCUAACCAGUUCCUCCUGGGCUUUUUGCUUGGAAGCGAUGAAGACUAAAUCUUUUCUCUUACUGCUCUCUGCGAUUCCAGAGGCAGAAGAUCUUGGGCUCCAAGUAUUUCAGAGUGAUUUUAAGUCAUGCCACAGGAAGGGUCUGUUGCAGAAUUUCCAGUUCUGUUUAUAGUGUAAAAGGAAGACAGUUUCCUAAUCCCUCCUUUACCGUAUCCUACACAGCAAAAUACUUUUAGACUUAUAUUGCCAAGCCAAAGUUACCAUAUUUUGGUGUUUUGUGUUUCCUCUUUAUAAGGCAGAGAGACCUGUAUUUACACUCCUUAACCUAGGGAUGUGUUUGUUGCCCUCCUACCC